GUGACACAUUGUGACGUCAAGACGUCAAGCGAAGUCCCCGUGAUACGCUUGUGAAAGAAGAGGGAAGUAGAAGUGUACGAUCGGCUCCUUCAGCAGGCUACGAUUUGUGCGAUUUAAAGACAAACUUCUGUAAAGCGCCUUUUGAAGGAACAAGACAAGGCGCUUCAGGGUCGCGCUGCUGGCCGCUCACUUUCCCCACGAAGAGCCAAAAUGACGGCAGCGGUGUUUUUCGGCUGCACCUUCAUCGCCUUCGGCCCGGCCAUCGCUCUGUUCGUGUUUACCAUCGCCCGAGAGCCACUGAGGGUCAUUUUCCUCAUAGCAGGAGCGUUUUUCUGGCUGGUGUCUCUGCUGCUGUCCUCUCUGGUGUGGUUCAUCUCGGUGCAGAUCAGUAAUAAGGACAGCGCGGCGCAGCAGAAAGGCCUGCUCAUCUUCGGCGUGGUGCUGUCCGUCCUGCUGCAGGAAACCUUCCGCUUUGCUUACUACAAGCUGCUGAAGAAAGCAAAUGAAGGCCUCCUCGCUCUCAGUCAGGAGGAAACCAUGCCGAUCUCCAUACGGCAGCUGGCCUACGUGUCCGGCCUCGGCUUCGGCUUCAUGAGCGGAGCCUUCUCGGUGGUGAACAUCCUGGCCGACUCUGUGGGGCCGGGGACUGUGGGGAUCCAUGGAGACUCUCAGCACUACUUCCUGUCCUCAGCCUUCAUGACCAUGGCCAUCAUCCUGCUUCACAUGUUCUGGGGCGUCGUCUUCUUCGAUGCCUGUGAGAAGCAGCGCUGGUGGGCCGUGGCUGCUGUCAUCAUCAGCCACCUCAUCGUUUCCUGUCUGACCUUCCAGAACCCUGAUUAUGUUGCCAGCCUGGUUCCCACCUACGUCAUCCUGUUCCUGAUGGGCGUCUGGGCGUUUUACUCUGCCGGCGGUUCGCUCAGGAACCUCAAACUCUGCCUCACCUGCAAAGACAAGGACUUCCUGCUGGCCAACCACCGGCCCAGAUAACGCAGCACGCCAGGCAGCGUGCAGGACUCUCAAUACACAGAGUUCACACACACACACACACACACACACACACACACACACACACACACACACACACACACACACUCACACAAAACAAAUACAGAGCAGGAGGAGUGCUAAAACCUCUGCUUAUCUGCUGUUUCACUCAAGAGGUGUCUCUCUCAAGUAAAAGCAGCAGAAGUUCCUCCAAGGAAGUAACGAUGGGAGGUAAUUUUUCGAUUCACGUCCAGCUCAGAUGCUCAGUUUGUUUUUAAAGAUUUCUGUUCAAAAAUACACAACCGUGUACGACAGGUGAAUAAACCUGCGGAAGAUAUUUUAAUUCGACACUCUUUACAUCCUGUACAUAUUCUGAUGUCAGCUUCUUUACUUCAAAUGUGUAAAAUCUUUCAAAGGUUGGAUUUAACAUUAUGAACAAAACUCUCUGUGUACAUAUUUAAGCAUUUUGAACCCCUGAUGGUUAGAUAUUGAGAAUUUUUCUGCCUUUCUUUGUAAAUGUGAUCCUCUCUCUUUGGUCUGUAUAGGAAGUUGCUUUUGGUUUGAAAUGAACUUGCAGAAGCUUAAAGGGGACGUGAAUGAUAACGUCUCAACUUCAUUUCCCUUUUAGGACGUAAAGAUUGAUUAAAGCUCGAGACUGUCAGUUCUAAUGUAAGAUAACUGACAGAUAAAAACUGCACAGCUGUAGUCAUAACGAGUUUUGUCCCAUCCGAGAGGCGAGCGGCAGACUGAUUUGACCAAAUGUGCAGACAGACACAUGCAGCUGCUGUGAGUUAAUGAUUUCUCUGUGAUCUUAUGGAAAAAAUGUUUCUUCUGUCUUCUGAUUUUUAAGAAGGAAAAUGUUUAGUACAACUAGAGAUGCACGAGAUAAAUCACGCCAAUAAAUUAUCAGCAGGAAAUUUAUAUUUAUUGGAUGAUAAUACGAGUGAAUGCGACAGGACUUAUACACACUCCGGUGCAGUAGGUGGCGCUGUUUAACAUGGCAGUUCUUCGAGCUGAAGAAAAUUAAAUCCAUCCAUCUUUGCUCAUUACAUCUCAGCCUGUGUCACCUUCAGGUGUGCAUGCUGGUUAUGAACUUCUUUUUAAAACACAAAAAAUGUGAAAUUAUCUGCUAUCCGCUUAAAAAAAGUAUAGAAACAAUAUAUCAAGAACCGAGAUGCUGAAGUCCUUGUCUGAAGGUGAGGGGAGUCAAAGACUCAGCGUGAACAGUUACACUUUAUCUCUCACUCCUGUGGACACGUUGGCUCGCUGGUUUCUGAAUGUUCACUUUCUUUGUUGCCUUUUGCUUUUAUGUUGUUCUGUUUCAGUGUGCAGGAAAUCUUCAACGUGUUAGAAAUUCCAGACAACAAAUGCUUUUCUUUGCACCUGAUGCUGUUUGUACAGUUUGUAUAGAUCACAAUGUUGGACGAGGAUUACAGGAUGGAUGUUAUCGACGAGUUAAAGACGUAAAUCCUA